CUGUCCUGAGUUGCAAAGACGUUGCAAGGAAGGUGGGGAGUAUUUCCACUCGGUCUCGUCUGUCCCGCAGAAAAGCAUUCGAUCAACGAUAACAGAAUCCAGCAGCAAGAAUUUUCUAAGGAGGCUCGUCCCCUCGUGUUAUAAGGGCUGGGAGGAGACCCUGGACAAUACCCGAUCAAGCGAAGCUAGGCCAGACUUGGGAAGACGCUGAAAAGAAGGUGGGGAGUAUUUCCACUUGGUCAGAACACAUCGCCCCAGCAAUACAAACGGUGUCCAACAAAAAGAAGUUUCUACUGAUGCCCCUUCCCUCCUGUGCUGACUCAAACUGAGAUGAACCGCAUGAGGAGAAUUGCUGGGAUGGGCAAAGCUAAGGUCCCAUCCGCAGUUCAGAAAGAUAAAGAUGAGAGCAUAGUUUUCUUCAGGGAGCUGUACAAGCAUGAGAAAGAUACGGAUAUGAAUCUCCUGGAACCGAUGUACUCCGUCGAGUUUGACGCUAUACAAGGUGGUCACAUGUCUAAACCUCCCACGGGCAGGAGAGAUUUCCUCGUGCCAAUCGCCGAGAAGCAUGACUAUGACUGGCUGAAGACCCCUCCAGCUGCAUCUCUGUUUCCUUCCCUUGAGGUGGAAGCCAACUCCUCCAAGAUGGUUCUCCAGAAGGAGCUACCGAUCCCGCAACCGGUGAAACCUUUUGCUUCAAGGUUCUUAGGCAGGCCAGAGGGGACCAAAAAGGCAUCAUCUCCACCUGGUACUUCACCCAUGAAGAACUUGUCCAGAGGGGCUCCACCAGUCGACAAGAGAUCAACCCACACUGCCCUGCCCAGCAGGCAGCAGAAGCCAGCUGGUGUGACUGCUAGAGCUACAACUCCUGCAAGCAGAAGCACAGCUAGAGCUGCUAUUCCUACAAGCAGCAACUCAGGCAAGAAACAAUCGGACAGGUUCUAUGCAACCCAUGACAGCAGUGCAAAUGCAACGACAGAGACAGUGGAGAGCCCAGAAGAAGUCCCAUACAUGGCACCCAAGAACCUGCUCACGACUGGGUCUGCAUUCACCCGCCGCGGUGCACUAUCGACGAUGGUGGUAAGACCUCGAUCUAGGGGUCCUGCAUUUGGUGCGGACGUCAAAGGAGAAAGUAUCGGGUCAAGGCGGCCACCUCCGUGCCCCACAGCGAGAGGUUUCAAUAAGCCGCAGGCAGAUAGCAGGAAGAACGUUUUACCAGCGAAGGGAAAAGCUGUACCUGGCACUGGCGGCGAGCCUGCCGGUGAGGCUGUGCGGCCCAAGGGAAUGAGAGCUGCAGAUGGGAAGAACGAGCGGAGACGACCAAGGUUUGCAGACAAGUGAAUGGGGAAUAUGUAUCAUCAAAUUACAUGUUCAGAAACAUGACGGUUUAAGCAAAAA